AUGGAGAGAGCUUUCGGCAGCCACCGUGGCCAUGGGUGUUUACUGUCGGCAGAGGUGCUGGUUUGGAGGAAGGACCCGGUGAUUCGCUGGGUCCUAUCGAUUGGCCUUAAAGAGGAGGCCAACAAUCGCGUAGACGGUGGCGUUCACGGCACGUUGAUGGCCUUAGACGGGACCUUCGAUGUCACCGCCCUGGCGCUUCUGGUGCAGAUCCCGACCCAGAACACACAGGUGACACCGGGCCGUCUGCACCCGCCCACUGCUCUCCUGCUGGAGACCCCGCAACCUACUGUGGAUCAAAACCGCCAGUUGCAAGAGCGCCUGGAGGUGGCGGAGCGGAGGCUGCAGCAGACCCCGAGGAAGGCCAAGUCGCUGCCCGAGGUGGAAGCCGAGCCGGCCCAGAGGGUGGCCACCCUCUGCAAGGCUGAGCAGAGGCGUGGCAACAUGGAAGAAAGGCUGCACCAGAUGGAGGCCCAGCUGGAGGAAAAGAACCAAGAACUGCAGCGGGUAAGGCAGAGAGAAAAACUAAAGGAAGAGACUAAUCAACAUCUGUCCAGCACUAUUGACAAGCUCCUGUAUGAAUCGGACAAGCGACUUCAGCGUCAUCUAAAAGAGAGAAUGGCUGCUGCGGAAGAUAAGGAUCACCUUCUACGGAACUUCGAAGCACUGAGGGCCGUAUUAAAGCGGGCAAGAGUGAGAGGCUCUUCGCUUCACCACGGGCGGACGCACGUCGGCAGCAUCCCAGCUUCCAGGUUCCGUCUGGCGGACAGCCCCACGGAUGCCAGCAGCAGCAGCAGCAGCAGCACGGUGUUGCGGCGCCACCGGAAAGGCCGUGUGGCCCGUCUGCGACAUGAGCCUUCCAAGUUGCUGCCUUUGGAGGAAGAGUCACAAGAUAGCACGGCAAGGACACGAUGUGUACCGUCAGCUCCUUCUUCCCAGAGGUCCCUGAGCUUGGACAGGCUGCAGCAAGGGGCACUGCACAAGGCCAGCCACGAGGACAUCAGGGACGCCACAAAAUCCCCAGGCUCUCGGGAUGGCCCCUUGAGCAGCCUCAGCAAAACUAGCAAUAGCCAGGACUCACUGAACAACGCCCCCAAGAAGAAGGGCAUCACAAAAUCCAUCCGCUGGUUGCUCACCAGAAGACAAAAGGUCCACCCCAGCCACGCUAGCGACGAGCCUGCCUGACCAGUUUGCCCACACUGCUUCUACCGAUGGUCUUGCAGCACGCAGAGCCCAGCAGUGACUACAUUUGAAACUUCAACCAGAUCUUUCAUC